AUGGAGUUUGUGGCGAUGCCGGUGCCCAUUGAACGCGUAAAGUCACUGAACUUCAAUAGUGAGACCUUGAUGAUUGACCAGAUAAUUGACCAGGUUAUGACCAGAGUUAUGACCAGAUGUUGGUUGGCCCUGAUAUGGCUGCACAUAAUGUACACAUUCAUUACGCACCGUAUGUGUGACUCCAGGAUAUCAUUCAGUGAUCUGUUUCUCGAGUUUUAUCGGACACUCACUAACCAAACGGCGACUAAACUCAAAGUUUUCUCAAACUUCAACAUUGCGUACAACAAGAAUAUUCUGUUCAAACCUACUUUGAUAGCCGAAUCUCUGGAAGAUCUCAUGGAUAACAAGGCUCUAAUGAUAGCUGGAAGGGCUGCCAUUCCUUAUUUAAAAGCGUAUGAGGACCCAUAUUUUAAGGAUAUUGCCACGACUAUAGUUACCAAGUUAGGCUAUGAAUGUGGUUUAAUCGCACACACCCAGGCAAUUCAGCACAUGGCGACAGGGGUUAUGGUUAAGGGAUGGCAACAUAAUGUCACUCAGUUCGAUGACACUGUUUAUCUUGCUAAACCCGAGUACAUGUGUUGGUUGGCCCUGAUAUGGCUGCACAUAAUGUACACAUUCAUUACGCAC